AGCAACAAGGUCAGAUCUCUCAGUUGAGCUGUUUUACUUACUGUUAUUAGACGCGUGGCUUUUCAACUGUUUUAUUUAGUAUUUACAAAAUAGUAAAAUCAAUAUUUGAGGUGUUGUUUACGAUGGAAUCGAAUCGUUCCUGCUGUUCGUCCUCCGUGUGCUGCGGGGCGCCGGUGGAAAAAGGAUGCUUCGUAUUCUCCAUCAUAAAUGCCAUUAUUUGCAUGGCAGCUUCCAUAGGAUGCCUCGUCUUCCUAAUCUUCAACAUCAGCAUCUAUUUCGACGGAGAAUCCCGAGGCUCUGACUUGGUGUUGGUACAUAUGCUCGUGGGCAUCGCUCUAGGUUCCUGUGUAGCCAGUGCCUUGCCGCUAACGUUCGCAAUCCUGCUGGUUGUGGGAAUCCGACGUCGCAACAAGAGUUACGUGCUGGCCUACCUGAGAUUCGGCAUCACCGUGUUGGUCCUGAGCGUGCUCGCGUGUCUCGUGAUGAUCGGAGUCCAAUGGGGGGAAAUUGUCAUGAUGUACACGCUGAUCCCUUUAGGACUUUGCGUUAUAUACUCCUUAAUACUAGUACUCGUCUACCAGACCUACCGGGUAUUUUCGGAACGCACUCCCGCUACACACACAAAACUGCUCAACACCAAUGAUUUUUGACAACCAUAAAACUCUCACCUGAAGGCCGACACACGCUAACAAGUGCGCCUGAGUGUACAGGGAGCUCCAAAAAUGCAUACUAACUCAAGCUAGGGACAAAUUAUUUCAAUUCAUGCAAUGGAACGUGGGACAGAUGGUGCGCGCGCAGGCUUGUCCCGCGUAUACGACGUAUAUUGAUAUGAGACGCUUAAGUGCCAAUUUGCACAACAGCAACGCGAUUGGUUGAUGACUUGAUUGGACGCAACUAGUUGCAUAAAGGUCACAGCUCAUUAGAGCCACCCCGCACCCGACCCUCACCGCCUCGCCUCGAGCGGUUAGUAUUCUUCGUAUGGAUUUCUAUGGGCAUGCGCUCACUACAUCAACUUAUCCGGUGGUGGUACGAAGUUGAUGUAGUGAGCGCAUGCCCAUAGAAAUCCAUACGAAGAAUACUAACCGCUCGAGGCGAGGCGGUGAGGGUCGGGUGCGGGGUGGCUCUAAUGAGCUGUGACCUUUAUACUGCACGAUUUGGCUCGAAUUCGUGAGUGACACCACUGAACUAGCACCAUUCUUAGUGCCCGUAAGGCCCGUCCUUAGAUAAUAUAUAUGUCAAUGGGAAAGCGGUGACAUCCGAAUGUCACAUUAAAGCUUACGCUGUCAGCGUCCAAAAAAGUCAAAUUGACGCCAAAAUUCAAACUAACCUUUAUAUGGCCUAAAACCAGAAUACUCAAUAGUAUACUAAGUUUUUCUAAUUACGUAAUGGUGACUACCUUCCUCUUGGAUUUACUGAAUGUGCCAAUUAAAACAAGAGGCUAACCAAACUCCAAUGAAAACAGAUCUUUACAUAGAGAUGUCCAUACAAUUUCCAAAAUGUGUUUACAAUUCAGAUGCUCCAUAAAAUGAACUGUCAGGGAUUAUCAUUGGACGCGCGAGGUACAACAUGGCCCGAAUCUAGCUUAUUUGGUUAGGGAGACCUUGUUCCCACUUGUGGGACAACGGGUCCGGAUUUUAAUCGGAUAUCCCAGUGGCAGAACAUUUUAUACUUAGGUACUGUAAUUUUGAAGUAGGUGAAAUCCGGGCUGAUAAUAAAGUCUACUUUUUAAAAGGCACGCUGCAUUUUUGUUAAAAUGUUAAUGUUAUUAUCUAAUAAAGUUUUCUAGUCUUAACAAUAGUUUUAAGUUUUAUGUACGAAUACAAU